CAAGUGAAUCGGCUCAGUCCGAGCCUCGGCAUCCGUUGAUCCUUUCGACAUUGGGUUCAGGGAACAUUUAGACUUCUCGGCCGCAUAAGUGCGAUGGCUGAGGACGUAAACCAACUGUUUUCGACGGAAGAAUGACUCUCCUUCCCGGAGAUCGAGAAGAAUCGCUUCGAGAAUAUCCUGAGAAACUACAAAGCGAUGAAAGACUUCGCGCACUUUCAGGACUGGACCCCAAGCUCCCGGAGUUCGUCCUGCGACAACAGAGGAAGCGAUGCAACGGGUUUGUCGCGCCCACAGCCAGGCCAGCUCGAGUCCUCGACUAUGAUGGAGACGACGAGUGGACGCCCGAGAAGGAGCGAUCUAGCAGGUAUGCAAGCAAGAAUGGAAGCGUAGGCAGUGGAAGAAGAGGCGGUCAUAAGAGGAAGGCAGAGUGGAGUGCUCCAGCUUGGGCCAGAAGGAGUGAGAACUACGAUGAUGCGCCACUCAGUGUAGACCAAGUAGAUGUUAUACCGUUGUGGACUCCAGCCAAGUUGGUAGCAGGUGCAAAGGGCACUGCCAAGAUAAUGCCAACAACAGUCGACAAGUCAAGUGGAGCUUCCGCUGCAGAAAAUGUUAAGCCAGAGGACAAGGGGAUCUUUCCCGGUCCCAUGUCACACUUGGCAACAGAUACAGAGAUGGAAACAGUGAAAGAGCUUCCAGCUGAGACUAAAACGCUUGGUGUAGGAUCAGAUGAAGAGGCCGGGGAAACAGCUGUUUUUCAGGAGAGUCCAAGACGCGGUACCCAAGACGUAGUAGCAGAAGGAAGCUGUUUUAUGAAGAGAACGUUACUAAAGAUGAUUUUAUUUAUUGCGCAGACUGUGAAGAAGAGAAAGAGGGAGAGUGUCCGUACCACCCAUUGUUCCUUAUUCUGGAUAACCCCGUUGUUCGAGACGGCAGCGAGAAAGAUCGUGCUCGCCUCACAGCCCCUUGGCCCCUCACUGUGUACGACUCGAAAGUGAAGGGGGCAGGAAAAGGCGUGUGGACCAAUGCUCAUCUCCCAGCCCAUCUUGUGUUUGGUCCGUAUGAGGGCCGUGUCCUAUCUGGCCAUCCGGAAGCCGGCAAAGAAUCUGG